AUGUCCACUGUGGAACCUGAGUCUCCCCUCUUAACCUCGCUGGGUCAACUGAUUAAUGAUUCUUGGCGAGCGAUAAUUUUAACUGGCACCCAGUUAGAAAAUCUCAAAAAAGCUUUGUCAGACGCAUGGCGUGAAGGAUGGCCUCAUAUACCCGACACACCUAUCGAUUAUAUGCAUCACAAAGAAGACUUUGACGCGGGGCUAUAUGGGAAACUGCUGGCGAUUGGUCGUCAUGAUCAUGAGAAGAGACAGACUGCUCUAGCAGAGAAUUUCCAGUUCUAUGGAGCUCAAGCAGCCGCCAUAGUGUAUAUGGACAACCGACUUUCGAAGUAUGAUAUACUUGGUUCUGGGCUCUGGAUGCAGAAUUUCACACUGGUCCUUCGAGCUCAAGGGGUUGAAGCCUGUUACAUGGCUAGCGUUGCGGGAUAUCCAGAAGAAUUAAAACGUGAAUUGGGUCUUGUUGGGGAUGUGAAUUUCUUAAGUGCGAUAGCAAUAGGUUAUGAAGACUUGAAUUACGUAGGUAACGAUCUUAGGAUGCGCCGAGACCCGUAG